AUACAUAUAAGUCGUCAUAGACUCUGGAGCAUCAUUAGCUUUUUGGGAAGUUACACAAGAUGUUUUGUCAAGUUGUCCUAUUUACUUUGAUUGCUGGUGUCUUCGCAGCACCUCCGGUGGAUGUAGUGCCGCUGGAGGGUCAGCAGCCAACGGUCAUUCCAAUCGUGUCGCAGUCAGACGAAUUAGAAUCCAAUGGGACAUAUCACUUCAGCUACGAAACUGGAAAUGGAAUCAAACGCGAUGAAAUAGCCUAUGAAAAAGUCAUACCAAAAGCUCGAUCCGCGAAUAGCAAUGAAGGCGGAGAGGAUGACAGUGAAAGUGAUGAAAUUCACGUUCAACAGGGCUCUUACUCCUAUACAGGUCCCGAUGGAAUCUUGUAUACUGUAAGGUACAUAGCAGAUGAAAAUGGUUUCCAACCAAUAGGCGACCACUUACCACGAGUCCCAGGGAACACUCAGAGCAGUUCUGCUGAAAAAUCUGGAAGGGCUCUUAAGAUUGAUAGUACCGUUUCUGCCUCUUCACCAAAUCAAGUUCAAGCGGUAGUACCUCCACCUGCAAGCCCAGUUAAAUCAAAACCAGCUGAAAGUAUACAAACUGCUGAACCUUCUGUCACAGCUGAUAGUAACGCCAAGUCAUCAGACACUGUAGAAUCACGAGUAGAAGAGGCACCAGUUGCUGCCACAGUAGCUGCUUCUGUGGCAUCAGAAAGUGUAACAGCUAAUGCUGAACCAACGUCUACUGAAUCAGUUUCAAACAGUGAAAGUGUUAGUGACUCCAGCACAACAGUAAAGGUAGAAUCACCUGUAUCCACUGAGGCUGUCGCAGCCGCUGAGAUCUCCACUGCCGUACCUGAAGUAGUAUCCACCGCAGUACCUGAAGUAGUAUCCACCGCAGUACCUGAAGUAGUAUCUACCGCAGUACCUGAAGUAGUAUCCACCUCAGUACCUGCAGAAGUAUCUACCGCAGUACCUGAAGUAGUAUCCACCGCAGUACCUGAAAAAGUCCCCGCUGAAGGAAGUGGUGACGUUUCAAGCACCACUACUGCUACGGAACAAGUCUUAACCCUUGCAGCAGAACCAGCAGCUGAUGAAGUAAGUCAAGAUGUUUCAUCUGAAGCACAGCCUUCAACAACUGUCUCAGACCAAGCUGCAAGUAAUGCUGACCCAGCGACAGUAGAGGCAAGUUCUACAACCGUAUCUGCGUAGUCUACUCUAAUCUUCACUAUCACUAUUACAUAUAAUUAUUUGUAUGAUAUUGGACAAGAAUUCAAUUCCUGGGUCUUUUGAAUAAAGGAAUUAUGGUACGGGUAAAUUGUAACUGAGCAACCAAUAAACAAUUUAUAAAAAAAGUGAUACGAUCUCAAUUUUGAGAUUG